GUGAUUGAGAAACAAAUUCUUUCUUUGUAUUUUUUUUUAAUGUCUCUCCAGAUAAUGCAGUUAAUGACAUUUUAUAUGUACAGCAGUAAAUCAACUUGUGUAUAGCAGGAUACAGUAGUCGCACUUAAUCUUGUUGGUUGCUCCUCAUUUAUUAAAUGUAAAUAAACUGACACCAGAAAUGACUGUAUCAUUUCCCCUUUCACUGCAUUUUUCCUGAGAUUUGAAUUUCAUGAGAAUUUAAAUUAUUUCAGCAUGAAAGCCUAUAUUCACUAAGAAUACAGUAUGAGAGGAUAACAACAAUAUAUUUAGUAGCUUAAUUGUGGUUUAGCCACCUGUAGUGAAUUGUGGGAUUUGUUUACAUAAGACAAGGGCUUGGCUACCCUAGCAGGUGUUAUGGUAAGACAUGCAGGUGUCACUGGUGUCCACAGUCAGAAAGAAUCAAAGCUUCUAUAGAGCAAGUCUGAACAAAGAAUUAAAUUAUGUCUUGCCACUCUCUCUUUCAUGGAACUAAAUUCUGUUUUAUUUUGGUCAAAUUAAAGCCAUAUCUAUCAUUCUUGAGUAUUUUUUUAUGCUCUGAUCUAGUCUUUAUGCCCUGUUGGACCAAUAGAGAAAUGCUAUGGGUCAGAAAUGGGUAAUUAGCAUAUGAAAGGCUUAAAGUAAAGCUAUUGUUUGCUUAGAGGCCAAAAGUCUCAUCUGAGAGCAUGGUUUGGUGACAUUUUAGGGUGGAAAAAAAGAUUCUACCAUAAUAUUAGGCUACUGCAUGUCUUACUUUGUGGUCAAAAGAUUUUUUCCCACAAGCUUCUAAUUUUGAUCAGCAAUUUCACGUGCAAAACAUUGAUGAAAUUCAAAUUUCCUGAUUCAUUUGUCUAAGACAAAUUCUAAUUCAUUCAAAGAUCAGCUGAUAUGUAAAUUUGGUAUAGAUUUUGACAUGUACUUUUUCUACCAAUCUGUUGAAAAAAUUAUAAAAUUUUUUUGCCUUUCAAAGAUAGAGAAACAUCAAUACACAUCCAGAAAAUGUCUUGUUUAUUUUGAUUUGACUUCACUAAAAUUUUCUUGCUUGAUCACUGCCUUACAAAUGGUAUUAAAUUAUAAUGAAGUAGCUACCAGCCUCCAUUUGUAAUGCUGUUUUUUACUGAUCUCUACAAAGGGAUUCAGUACUUUAAAAUUGAAUUCAGGAUUUUUUUCUGAAUGUACUUGGUUGCUUAGAGAGGAAAACUCAUGUACUGAGUGAUCUGGAUGUGAUGUUUUUGUUCUGUGUGAGAGUAUCAUGCCAAGAGAAGAUUCUUUAUGGACCUAAAUGGAUCUCAAUUGAGGAGACAAGCACACUCUGUGAUGUCUUACGUUGUGCUACAGGAGAUAAAUAUGUUUCAAGGAAACUCAAAGUUGUGGUGGCCAGUGAGAAGUCUUUGAGGGAUCUUUCUUUUGUGAAGCUGGGUCUUCCAGUGGUGAUUUUGGAUAAAAAUGACAAGAAGAUUGUAAGCUUUCUGUUGAAACCUGAAGGAGUUGCUGGUGUGCCCCCUACCGAGAGGAAACUCUCUAUCCAAUCAGCUGCUCAGCAAACUAAUUCAGAUGAGGAUGGUUGUCGUUCUGGAACCCCAGACCAAGAUGUUCUUGUGUACCAUGGUGUUCCUUCGCCUCACUCGCCCCACUCUCCUCACUCUCAAUACCACCCUCCCUACCCCCACUAUCCUUACAUGACGCCAAUGUAUCACCACCCACCCCCUGUGAUGUGUCAUUGCCCGUCAUGCGCUGGACAUAGGUCACCAGUCCACUCCCCCCAUGGUGGUGCCCCUAUGGGAAGAUUUGUUCAUCAUCAGAUGGGGUCACAUACAAACUGGGCCCACGGGCCGGCAGCAGUAACAGGAUUUCAAGUCAGACCGAGAAUACAAAGGCCCUUAUCUGCCCCUGCUGAGAAACAUGACAUGUUAGUGAAGGGCAGUCCCUUGUAUGGACAGCCUCCGUGGUGGGGCUGGGGCUCAUCAGACGACGAGAUCUACAAUUACCCAAACACUGCCACAAUUCUGGAGAGCGGCGACGAUCAACAGCCUCUUGCUCUUAGAAAGAAGAAACUCUCUAAGAAAGACGCGCUGGAAAUGGCGCAAAGGAGGCACAGCAUUGGGACUGUAUCGGUAUUAUCUGAGUCCAGAGCACGGAUUGUCACAACAAGGACUUCUAAAAACCCCGAGCUGGACAAGGCAAUGAAGCAACGAGAGGAAUUUGUUGUCUUUCAGAAGAGGUCUUCUCUACCAGGGCCGGGUCAUAACGAGCAGUUAUCUCCCGUGUUUGAAAAUUCUACCAGUAGAGACUGGCAAUUACCAAAUGCGCUUCACGAGCCGGGAGAGCUUGAUUCGACGUCUUCGGUGGAGAAUUCUUCGGGUGACGGAAGCGAAGUGCACCCUAGACUCGGGUCUUCUUACGAAGUUCCUUACAUACCGGACUAUGAUGAACUUCCAGAAAGGCCUGUAAGUCUGAAAAGCGAUAAAGGUAAAAUAGCAUCCCCGGAUGCUUCACGGAAGGGUUCAUCAGAGAAGCAAGAGAGAAUUGCAAGGAAAAAACCUACCAGUAAAGUUAAAAAGAAAAUUGUUUCCACUGAUGUCCCGGCAAAGAACGGAAAAGCAUUGUCAGGCUCCAGAAAACAUUCAAGUGAUACCAGUGAGUCUGAGUACGAACCGACCUCACACCCUUCACGUCGAUCGGGAUUAGCAGCAGUCGCUUCCCCUUCCUCCAUUGGUGUGUUUGGUCUGACGGAGGUGACUCUCGGUGAAUCCGAUAGACAAGAGGCACUAUCGCCAGCCCCCCUUCCAAGUUGGGUAAAACAGUGGACGAAUUCUACAAACGAUCGUGAGAACGCUUCAGUUUAUCCAGUUGAGGUCAUCGAUUCAUCUAGUACGGCUGAAGAGUCUGCGGGAAGCAGUGCCAUGUCUUCUUCGAGUCACAUUCCAGUUCCUAUAGAAUCUGAAAACUCCGCUCCAUGUUUUACAGAAGACAAGUCCAAACCCGUCAAGAGCAUUUCGUCAUCGAGUCUAAGCAGACCAAGGUCGGCAACAUCGAGAACGGCAUCGCCUGGUGUAUUACGAAGCCAAAGCAUGUCUGCUGCUAAUAUGUCCUCCUCUCCGAAGUCUGCGUCCUCCCCGAGAGUGGCGCGGAGCAAGACCAUGUCUGCUGUCGUGCGGCGGUCGUACCCGACUACUGCCAACGAAUUAGAGAAGAAACCAGUUGACAACGCUAGGGGAAGGGCUGUGAUAAGCAGUACUUCAGAUGAUAGCGAUGUGGAAUCAAGCGACGCUUCCCAGACGAGACAGACUAAAGAAUCGCGAAGGAAGAGCGACGAGUCCGAUAAGAAGGGAGUUCAACUUAUUCCUGAAAAGGAGGGGAAGCGACCGCUGUCGGCCCCCCGCCCCAACAAGACAGCUAUGCUGAGAGCGUACAACAGCCGAGAAGCUGUGAAGAACAGUGGGGUUAAGAGCAAGACUGCAGUAUCGGCGAAAGCGAGGACUGCUAAGAGCUCAUCGCCGAACAAUGGAAAUUCAAGUGAAUCUUCGCCGUCUGCGAGAGUGUGGAGUCCAAGUGUGAAAAGAUCAACAAAGUCUUCUUCGGGCGAUAGUAUCCGUGAGGAAGAGGAGAAUGGUACCAAUUGUAGCUCGCCAGCAAGCGAUGACGUCACUCAGGAGGCGAUAGACCAGGUUUUUUCUUCAGGCUCAGUCCAGCAACUUCCAGAGUCGCUUAUAAUGAAGCGGGAUGAUAAUGUUAACAAGACUUUUGUGCUCGAUGACGGUAAUGAGGACAAUUCUGUUUCAUCUCCCGAAGACACGUCCAUACAAGCAUGGGUCGGCGAAGCAGCCAGUGGUGAAAACGUUCUUGAGUGUAAUGGCGUCGUCACGAAAAACACUGCACCGGUGUCUCCGUCUCGUGAAGAACCAACGGAGAUAAAACUUGAAACAACCAACACUAAAGGAAUCAGCUUGCGUAGUAAGCUUAUACCAUUUGCACCCUUCUUGGAAAACCAGUCAUACAUACCCCCCGUGUCUGAUCUUCCUUUUGAACCUCCCAGUGACUCAGCAGACGACACAUCCGGGAGGUCUCGUUGUUCUACAGCAGAGAGUAGGCCCAUUUCGCCGGAGUCAGCGGUUUCGACCGCACCUGCUGCCUCCCCCUCGCCACCUUUGACUCCGAACUCUGCAGCAAAGAAAACAUUUGAUUUUAAGGGGGGAGCAACAUCUUCGCAAAGCAGGAGGCAGUGGGGUGUCACUGACAAGCCUGUUGAGGAUCUGAUGUUGUCCUCAAUUCACGCAUUCUCCGUAGAGUUACGGCUAGCUUCGGAAUCCGUGCUGGGCAAAGUGAAAACUCUGUACGAUGGAAGCGAGGAGCUAAACGGCACUGCAAGGUCAAGGACGGAUUCUGACGCAAAACAGGAAUCCAAGAGUGCCAUUCCAGAUUGGAAGAGCUCUCACGCGGAGAUAGCUGGGAUAUUUCGAAACUUGCGAAAGGUUGAGCUUCGCCUUCGCACGAUGGAGCAGGCCUUAUCCAUCAUGUGUGUCGCAGCUCAACGGGACCCUAAUCAGUCUUUCCAAGAGAGGAAGAUUUCAAUGGUGGAAACGUCUAGCCUGGCCUCAGGCCAAAAAUGGAGAGAGUUUAAAAUCAAGGCUCGCCGGAAUUCUUGGGCAGUGGAACACAGAAGCCAGUUCCCAGUUCCACCGGCGGAAUCUGACGAGGAGGACGAGGACACUUCGUGACUGGGUCAUGAAAUAAAAUACUGGGAAAUGAAGUAGAGCACUCGAUCCCGCCUGGAAAAAAAAAGAGCUGAAAGUUUGUGAACGUUCGGGCUACGCCAUUGUCAGUCUGUUGUUGAUAUUAUGGAGGAUUGCGGUUGGCAACGAAAUUGUUUUGAAUAAGUAAGUUCACUUUUCUGAGGAAGGAAAAGAAGGAAUUGCACUAUUGAUGUGUGGUAGAAUUUUGACUGUGAAUUUUUUUUUUUUAAUGAAAGAUUCCGGAGAAAAGAAUUUGUACAUUUGCUUUUUAUGAAGAAGCCAAUUUUGUUCAUUUUUGUGUUGAAUAUAGGAAUCUUCGUGAAAUUGCCAUCUUAAUGAUGAAGCCAAAUGAGCCGUAAAUGUAAAUGUAUGGGAGAGCAUUGUAAAAAUUUCAAUUGCUAUUUAAUGCACACAGAUUAUGGAUGUAAAAAGAUAAGAUUAUACACGGAAUAAAGAUAACGAACAGGAAAGUGAAA